AUGUCGCAUAACGCUGCGGCCGCAUCGACGGUACCCGUGUCCACGUCGCUCGAGGCCGGCCCGGCGCACCGCCCAUCUACCGGCGCGAGCCGCAGUGCAGACGUCCAGGAGGCAGGCGACGGGCUCGCCGGCGCUGGGGCGCGUGCGGGCGUUGGCGCUGCGAACGGUGUUGCAUUCAACGGCGGCAGCAGCAACAAUAACAGCAACAAUAACAGCAACAAUAACAGCAACAGCAGCAGCAACCUCCCUGUGGAUGCCAUUCCUGGCUCCAGUAGCAGCAGCAGCAGUAGCAAUGCCGGAGGCAGCAACGGUGCGGUGGCGGCACCGCCGCCCCCACCACCCAUUGCCCGCUCAUCGACGCACCGGAUCCGCCUCGUGCCCCACCUCGAAGCCACGCGCUCGCUCCACUUUGAGCCAAUCGAGCGCGACGUCAAGGAGGGCGGCACACCGAUCCGUAUCGGCCGCUUCACUGAUCGGGCCGGCGGCGGUACUAUCGCUGCAGCCAGCGCGCCGCCCAUGAACGCCGGCGCGGCUGCGGCGUUCAAAAGCAAGGUCGUCAGUCGCACGCAUGCCGAGCUGUGGUGCGAGCCCGGCGGGAAUUUUUUCAUCCGCGACACCAAAUCGAGCUCCGGCACGUUCCUGAACCAUAUCCGCCUCUCGGGCCCGCAGUUCGAGUCCAAGCCGUUUCCCCUGAAGGACGGCGACGUGAUUCAGCUGGGCGUUGACUACCAGGGCGGCACCGAGGAGAUCUAUCGCUGCGUCAAGAUGCGCGUCGAGCUCAACCGCGGCUGGCAGCGCGCUGCCAACCAGUACAACGUUAACGCACUGCGCCAGCUGCGCGCGCUCCAGGGCCAGCCUCUCACCCCUUCCGCAUCGGCUGCCUCUGGCCUGCCCUCCGCGACAGCCAUGAGCCCCGCUGCUACAGCGCAGACGCAGACGCAGACGCCCGCGCCGGACGUGCCGGCAACCGCGUUGCCGACCAACGCGCAGUCUGUCAGCGUCACCGAUUGCUGCAUUUGCCUCUUCUCCGUGACGGUCUGCCAGUCGCUGUUCAUCGCGCCGUGCUCACAUGUGUUCCACUACAAGUGCAUCAGGCCCCUGCUCCUGCGCCACCACCCGGGAUUUUCCUGCCCGCUCUGCCGCACCUUUGCCGAUCUCGAGGCGGACGUUGAG